UUUUCUCUGACCUCUGCUAAGUAACGUCAUUGGAGGAAGAGAAAAAAAUAGAUCUUUUUUUAGUUUCUCUGUGAUUGUGUAGUAGUUCGUCUCUUUACCCUUUACCCUUUAUCCGUUUUAUUAGCUCAGAUUGAAGUAUUAUUGUUAGUGGAAUGGAAUUCAGAUACAAUUGACUCUGUUUGAAGCUUUUGAAUUUUCCUUUCCUUUCCUCUCUCCGCAAUCAUCACUUUUUGAUUGAAGAUCAUGGCUUUGCUGGACUGUUUCUGCAUCUCCUUUAUCCAAUAGUAAUACCUCACUAACCCUUUUCUUUCUUUCCUUUUACCUCUCAGAUCAAACAUGAAAGAUUCGAUUUUUCUGUGUUUGUAGUCUCAAUAUCCACUAAGUUUAUAGAUCCGCUUCAAGUAUUAGAUUUACUUUCUGUUCGAAAAUGGGUUUUCAGGAUCUGCUUUGAUACUGCAUCUCUGUUAAGAUUCUCCUAGUUUUCGCUGCUUCAUCUCCAAUCUCCCUCUUUUGUGCUAUCGGGUUUAUUACAACUGGUCAUGGCCUCAAAAAAACGAGAUUUACAGUCUUUUAGUGAGAUUUGUAUGUGUACGGGGAUGAAUUAUUUUCCUGACGAGGUUCUGGAGCACAUAUUCGACUUCUUGGAGUCGCAUCGGGACCGAAACGCCGUAUCUCUAGUAUGUAAGUCAUGGUGUAGGGUGGAAGGGUUCAGCAGGGAGAGGGUUUUCAUAGGGAACUGUUAUGCGGUCAGUCCGGAGAGGACGAUCUUGAGGUUUCCUAGGUUUAAGUCUUUAACGUUAAAAGGUAAGCCUCAUUUUGCUGAUUUCAAUCUGGUUCCUCAUGAUUGGGGAGGAUUUGUUUACCCUUGGAUUGAGGCUAUGGCCAAGAGUAGGGUGAAUCUGGAGGAACUGAGAUUGAAGAGGAUGGUGGUGUCUGAUGAGAGUCUUGAACUGCUUUCUAAAGCUUUUGUAAAUUUGAAGGCUUUGAUUUUAGUUAGUUGUGAGGGCUUCACAACUGAUGGCCUUGCUGCCAUUGCUUCCAAUUGCAGAUUUCUGAGAGAGUUAGAUCUACAUGAGAAUGAUGUUGAGGAUGUUAGAGGGCAAUGGCUAAAUUGCUUUCCUGAGAGCUGCACAUCUCUUGUUUCGUUGAACUUUGCAUGUUUAAAGGGAGAAGUGAAUUUGGCAGCUCUAGAGAGACUAGUAACAAGGUGCCGGAAUCUCACAAGUCUGAGAUUGAAUCAUUCGGUGCCUAUUGACAGUCUUGAGAAGAUUUUGAUGCGAGCACCACAACUGGUUGACCUAGGAACAGGUGGUUUCGUUUAUGAUCCGGAUUCUGAGAUGUGCCAGAAAUUGAAGACUACUAUCCAGAAAUGCAAAUCUAUAAGGAGCUUGUCAGGUUUUGUUGAAGUUGCACCUGGUUGCUUGUCCACUGUUUAUGUGAUUUGCAAGAACCUGACCACACUCAAUUUGAGUUAUGCUCCUGGAAUCCAUAGCAACGAUCUCAUCGACAUUAUUCACCACUGUGGCAAAUUACAGCGUUUAUGGAUUUUGGAUUGCAUUGGAGAUAAGGGUCUAGCAGUUGUGGCUUCAACAUGCAAGGAGCUGCAGGAACUGAGAGUUUUCCCAUCUGAUUUACAUGGUGUGGGUGAUGUAGUAACAGAGGAAGGUUUAGUUGCAAUCUCAGCGGGCUGCCCUGAACUUCAAUCGAUAUUAUACUUUUGUCAGCAAAUGACAAAUGCUGCCCUGAAGACAGUUGCAAAGAACUGUCCUAAUUUCACCCGUUUUCGUCUCUGUAUCCUUGACCCAACCAAACCUGACCCUACGACAAUGGAUCCGCUCGAUGAAGGUUUCGGAGCGAUAGUUCAAUCUUGCAAAGGCCUCAAAAGGUUGUCACUCUCGGGACUUCUAACUGACAAGGUGUUCCUCUAUAUCGGGAUGUAUGCUGAGCAAUUAGAAAUGCUUUCAAUUGCAUUUGCUGGGGAUAGUGAUAAGGGAAUGAUGCAUGUUCUAAAUGGAUGUAAGAAGCUAAAGAAGCUUGAAAUUAGGGAUAGCCCAUUUGGGAACGGUGCACUUUUGAGGGACGUGGGGAAGUAUGAAACAAUGCGAUCCCUUUGGAUGUCGUCUUGUGAAGUUACACUUGGAGGAUGCAAGGCUUUGGCAGAGAUGAUGCCGAGGCUGAAUGUUGAGAUUAUAAACGAGAAUGAUGAUCGGAUUGUGGAGUGUGACCAGAGAGUUGAGAAGAUGUAUUUGUAUCGGACUUUGGUUGGGCCUAGGACUGAUGCCCCUGAUUUUGUUUGGACGGUUCCGAAUGAUAAAGGCCUUUCAACCUGCUUAGCCCGCGAUAACUAGUGUUUUUUUUAUUGUUUAAGUUUGUGGUUAUUUAAUGUUUUAGGAGAAACUGUGUACCUUUGUAUGUGAAAUGUGAAUUUAACUUGAAAACUGAGAUGGUCUUAUUGUUCAUUUUAUUUAUUAUGAUCCUUGUUUCUGCCA